CAAUCACAACCACCAUAAAACCUGAAGUCCCUUCGACACCAGUAUUAGUGGCGCUGGUGGAAAGCUUGGGUUGCAUAAUGCCCUUCUAAACUCCAAUUUAAUUUUUUUUUCUUCUUCUGAGGAAACGGUUAUUGGAAAAGUUGCUACAUCAGAUGAGAACUCAAGCAGAGACCUUUAGCAACGUUCGUCAUUAUCUGCCUCUGUGAGGAAUCGCAGCUCAGCCAUGGAGAACUGUUCCUUUGAGGGUAUCGAUGCAUUUGUAUAUUCGCUACACUUAGCGGUAUACAUCCCCAUCUUCAUUGUGGGAAUCACCCUGAAUGCACUGGCUCUAAUUGUUUUCUGCAGGGUUUUAAAGAAAUGGAUGGAAUCCACUAUUUACAUGACCAACCUGGCGCUAAUGGACUUGCUCCUGCUUUUAAUACUGCCUUUCAGAAUCUAUACAGGGACUAUGCAGAAGACCUUUUGCACGUUUCUGGAAACCCUCUACUUCAUCUGCAUGUACGGCAGCAUUUUCACCAUUGUGUGCAUUUGCGUGGAUCGGUACAUUGCCAUCAAGCACCCUUUCCAUGCAACAACCUUAAGGUCACCGAAAAAGGCAUUUGGGGCGUGUGCUGUAAUCUGGGUUUCAGUGUGGUUGGGAAGCAUACCCGUGUAUGACUUCCACAACAGCUACGGCAACAUCAGCUGUUUUCACAAUUUCUCAAAUACCAUGUGGAACCCCCCUGUGAUCAUUGCGGUGGAGCUAUUCGGGUUCAUCAUACCCAUGGUGCUACUGGUGGUCUGUUCGGUGGAGAUUAUCAAGACCCUCCAGAAAAAGAACUCCCACAGAGACAAUAUGAGCAGCAAAGCCUGUGUGCGGAUCAUCUACGCCAACCUGCUCGUGUUUCUGGUUUCUUUCAUGCCAAGCCACUUAGGGAUUUUCCUUCAGUAUCUAGUCAGAAGAGACGUCAUUACUGACUGUAGAGCAAAACAAAACAUAAGUUUGUUUGUCCAGGUGUCAAUGUGUCUGUCCAACAUCACCUGCUGUCUAGAUUCGUUUUGUUAUUACUUUGUUGCAAAAGAGACUCUCUCAACCAAUUCCUUCAGGAGGACCCGGAGCUCAAAGAAUACUUCCUUAACUACUGAAGUAUGAUACAGUUGCUUUUUUUUUUUGGAAAGUAAUUGCAACAAACUGAUCAAGAUAGAUUGGUGUUUGUAUGGUCUGUGACUGUCGUGGUUGGAAAGUGAUCACGCAACUGUCUUUUUUUAAACUGCCAAGCUAUGUCUUUCAACCCCUAUUUGGAAAUCCUGCAAAAAAAAAAAAAAAAAAAAAAACAAAAAAAAAAAAAACCAAAAAACUUUUGCAAUGGAUCAUUUGCAUGCCGCAAUAAAUGAAAUAAUAAAUAAAAUAAAUGCAUACUGCUAUCAUUCUGAUUCUACUAUCAACUCAUUUCAAGAGUGUGUGCUGCAAUAACUUUGUAUAACAUCCACCCCUGAACAGCUCUGUGUUACAUCCCUUGUAUAACACUGGACUAUCUUACUUUCUCAAAAUGAUAGUAAU